AUGCAAUGUAUGCUGGUUCAUAACAAAAGACGAAUGAAUUUUCAAACGGACUGCGCUGAUUUGGUGAAGAUGGUAUCUAAACCCGACGAGUGGCCGGCGUUCGAAAUUCUACUUGAAGAGGUGGACAAGUGUAGAAGGAGUUUCCAGACAUUCUCCUUGACUCAUAUCCCACGAACGAAGAACACAAAGGCAGACAAGCUAGCACGACGUGCUCGAGAUCAGCCUUACGAUGUGUAUUAUGUAAACUCGGUUCCCCCGAUCUCGCUUCUCGAAUCGGUUUAG